CGUCUUGAUCGGCUGAUGUUCUUGCUAAAUUGAGAGUGUCGUGAAGGAUUCGUUAUCAACAAAUAUUUACACUCGGAAUCGCUAUCGUGAGCCCUCGCCAGUGAGUGAGUCAGUUCAAGUGUUCAACGCUGGCGAUGUAGUUGUUUCACGGUGGUGCUGAAAAGGCUGUGAGAGCAGUUAGUGGUGUACACAAUCGGUGUGUAGUGUAGCGGAUUUUGUAAUUAUUAUUUUUAUGGGAAAAGAAGCAACUGCAACAGCAGCAGCAUCAGCAACAUCAAGCAAAGCAGAGUGGAUUAAAUGAGUCUGGUGGGACGGGGAAGCAGAGUGGUGCUUGUUGGAUGCAGAAUCAGAAUCUAGUGCGCGAUAAAUGAACAGGAAUAUGAAACGACAGCUGGAAAAGUUUAAGGAGGAGAUCAAAUCGAAUCUGACGAGAUCCAGUAAAUCAGAGAAGAAUGCCGACGGUUUGCAAGAGGUGGAACGCGAGGUCGAUCGCUACAAGGACAUCCUUCAGAACCUCAACAAACGGAUAGCGACCACUGUGUCCGCCGGCCAGCCCCAGGAUGCACCGGCCAAAGAGAAGCGCAUCCGUAAGGUGCCAGAAUUCGUCCUGGGCCAGCUGAUGGAGGACUCCGUCAAAGAUCUACCCCCAGGCCUGUUGCGGGACGUACUGGACAAGUGCGCCCGCCUGGAAAAGACAGUCGCGUCGGAGAUCAUCACGAACGAGCUGAGCGUGGAGAACUCGGUGAGCAAAAAUCUGAACGACAUCAUCGAGCGGCACCUGGCCACCAUCCAGAAGCAGAAGCGAACCGUCGGCAAGUGCGCCCAGGAGUACGAGGCGACCCGGCAAAAGUAUGAUUCCGCGCAGCGCAACAGCGACCAGCUCGGCGGCAACCAGGCCAAGCUGACCCAGCUGAAGGACGACCAGGAGGAGCUGCACAACAAGCUCGAGAAGGAGCGGGACCUGUACGAGUCGUACAUGUACGAGCUGCUCGCCGAGGAGGAAAACAUCGCCAACUACGUCAAGGAGUACGUCAAACACCAGGAGCUGUACUACACGUCGGCGCUGCGGGAAAUCCAGAGCACCAUCAACAGCAUGGACGGGUUGUUCCGGCGGAACAACAAGCAAAUCUUCAAUACGCCCCUGCACGAGCAUUUGAAGGCGACUGAUCGCAAAAUCGCUUACGUCAUCGAGCUUUGCGUUUGCUGCCUGCUGGAGAAAGGCCUCUACGAGGAGGGACUGCUGAGGGUUGGCUGUGCAUCCUCCAAACUGCGCCGCAUGAUCUCGGCGAUCAACGCCAACUACGUCACUCCGCCGCUGGCGGACAAGUACGCCGAUCCGCACGUGACGGCCGGCGUGCUCAAAAAGUACCUCCGCAGCCUGCCGGACCCGCUGCUCACGUUCGAGUUCUAUCCGGACUUUGUGGCGGCGGCCCAAAAGCAGAACGAGUCGGCACGGAAGGCGGCCAUCUUGAACAUCGUGAACCAGCUGCCGCGGGAAAACUACGACAAUUUGCGGUAUUUGAUGAAGUUUUUGUCGUACCUGUCGGAGAAGAACCAGGAGAACAAGAUGUCGCCGCAGAACAUUGCGAUCGUGAUGUCGCCGAAUUUGCUGUGGUCGCCGAACGAGAACGAGAACUACAUUGACCAGGUCAACAGUACGGCGACGGUGAACACGAUCGUGGAGGCGUUGAUCGCCGAUUGGGGGUUCUUCUUCGAGGGGGAGGUCAACUUUUACGUAAGCAUGAGCCGGGACUCGUUGUUCCCGGACAAUGGUGGGUUUCCGGUGGAUAAGGAAAUGCCGGUGCGCGGUGGAGGAGUUCCUAACGACUACAUGUCCAAGUCGAUGAUCGUGACGACGACGAUGGGCGGGAGCCAGGACGAGGUGCGGUACUACAACAGCGGCGGAGGAGGAGGGACAGGUGGUGGUGGUGGAGGUGGGACCAGUACCGGAAGCAGCUCCCAGAAACCCUCGACAUCACAUUCCCGCAGCAGUAGUCAUGAUACUAGUCUUAUUCUAAUCAAUAGCAACGAUCAGCUGAACAAGCAUCGGAGCCAGUCAAACAGUUCCCUCUCGGAUCAUUCCAGUCCGCCGCAGGAGAGCAGUCCGAAGCCGACGGUGCGGAGGAAACACAACAAGCAAGCGGCGCCAACUCCGCCGGACAGUCACCACAAGCAGAACCACAACGCGUCCAACGCCCGCGAGCUCAACCAGAAGCUCAACCAGUCGAACGCUGCGGCCGCCGCCGGUUACUUCAAGCAACUCAACAGCGGUCACGUGGCCGCCAACGACCGGGAAGACGAAGGCUUCCAGUCCCUGCAGCAUCACGCGUACAAACAGGCCCAGCACGAGUACAACUCCGACCGGCAGCCGAUGAUGCGCGCCGAAAGUCACGACAAUCUGCUCAAGCUGAAGUCGUCGUCAACGGUGGCCACUCCGGACAAGGUUCCUCCGCCGAGGCCGGCCGCGGUUCAGAUCGGGGACAGCCAGACGUUGAACCGGGGUGGCAAGGCCAGCCACCAUCACCAGAACCACAACAACAGCAACAACAACAACCAUCACCAAAACAGCAAACUACCAAAUGCUCCCAAUUGUGAUAGCACUAGCAGUAUAAGCAAUAAGGAAAACAAAGAGAACCACCACCAGCAGCACCACCCGGCCCGGCCGACGUGUCCGCUUCCGGUCAAACCGGUCGCCCUGCCCCGCACCACGAUCAUCGUAGCCAAGACACCCACCCCAACCGGUGGUCCAGCGGCUCUGGCCCCCGACGACGAAAGUGGUUCCGCCACCUCCGCCGGUGUCAUCCGGGAAAAACCGGUCAUCCCGGAGCGACCCGCCAUCCUGCUGCGACCACAGAGCUUCAAGGGUUCCGUUCCGGAGAUUUCCCGGGUGAGUGACGGCGGCUCGAGUGCGAUGAGUGCCAGUACGGGUUCGCUGAAGAAGGCGCAAAGCUUCCGGGGCGAGACGACGGGUGGGGUCAGCAAGGAGGGUGGGGGACACCUGGAGCGGACGCAGAUUUACAACAUCGACAAGCAACAGGUGGCGAUCAUCGACGUCGUGGACAAAAAAGACAAAUCCGGAUCGGUGGCCAGUUUGACGGUGACGACGGUUCCGGAGGGGAUUCCGCCGCUGGCGAUGAUGGAAUCGACGGGUUCGCUGGGCAGUGAUCUGGCGUCGCCGACCGUGGAGGACAGUUUGAGCGCAACAAAUGGCAACGUCACAACAACAACAACAACAACAACAACUAGUCUGCAGCACGUGCCCCAAUCGCCACGUGGCUUCGAUCAGGCCAAAAUCAAGCGACCUCAGGUGCCGGCACCGCCUCCGCCGGUUGGGCGGCCAAAAUCAUCCGAUUCGACGGAUUUAUAACAGUGUGAGAUACUGAUCUAAUCGAAAUGGGUAUUUAUAUAAAAAAGAGAGAAAAUCAAGAAAAACUUGCCACGAGAGAAAUCCCGCUCAAACGCCCGAAAUUGCAAUGGAAUCGACGGACGUUCCCCGGCUGGGGCUUUCGUGGCUCGUGUAAAAACAAGUCAGAUAGCUUUUAAUUAAAUUUUAUUAUUUUAACCUUUUCCCCCAUCAACCCUCCUCUAUUUUAGCGCGACCAUUUUUGCUUCCCCUUUUUUCCCAUCACGCCCAAUUCUAAAAGAAAAAAGGUCCGUACUUUUUCAGUUUUGCAUUUUUUUUUUUGGUUCACGCUCCCCAUUUUUAUUUUUUUCAUUUCGACUCCUCUAAAUUUGAAAAGUGCAUUCUAAUUGAGCGCGACAUUGUUGCAUGGAACCGGCGUUGCGCGUUUUCCAAAUGGGACGGCGUAAAUUGAAAUCGAACGAAAACAGGAGUGUCCACUGCUGCUGCUGAGGCACUAGAAAUGGGUCAUCGUUUAUUUUGCGAGAGUGAACAACUGUUCACGAGUUUUUUUUGUUUUGUUCGCUGUUGAAACAGCUGCUGACCGGCUGCAAUGAUGUAACAAAAAGUUAGGUUUCCAAAUUGUUGAGUAGAUUUAUUCGUUUAAUAAAACAAACCUUUUAGAACUGAGUUUUUAUUUUUUUUUUAUUUUAUGAAACUGUGCUGCAUAUUACAAAUAUGUUGGUUGUGUUACCCGCUGCUAGGUGAAUCGUCACUUUACUAGGAAAUGUUAGUAGAAAUUUGUUACCUAAAUAUGAUUGUUAUUACGUACCGGAAGGGUGGAAGAGCUGCUGGAGAGGGGAAAAAGAUGCUGGUAGAAGCGAUAUUUGAAGUUUAAUGAAUUUUAUGAUUUUUUUGUUUGAGUCUUUUGUAUAAAAUAAUCCUUUGUUUAUUUAUUUUGUGUUGAAAUAAAAACCAGUGAAAUUAAAGUGUUAAAUGCUAAGCGUUUUUUCCACAUAAUUUAUUUUUGUUAAACUCAGAUUGUUUAACGUUUAUGGUCGUGCAAUCUUUGAUGAUAUACAGUGCGCUAUUUUUUACGUUAAGUCUAUGUGCAUAACACUUAUGAAAAAUUGACGUUUAUUUAACAAUUUUUCGCACCUUACUCGGAACCCAAUUGGCUGGAGUUCGCCCAGCUUUAAACCUCUUUAAACCAAGUGUCUGAUUGACGGUUACGGAUUUACUAAGAUCAGGAAUCAAUCGCUCAUCGCCGAUUAAAAUUUUGCGCACAGCGCUACAAAUACACGAACUCCUAUCCCGAACAGACGGUAAUCACAAAUUCAUGCCAUUUCAAUAACAAAUACUGUUAAAAUAACAUAAAGUGUUAUGGAAUAUUCUUGCAAAACCCAUUUUAGCAUAAGAGUUGAAUAACAGUUUAUGUUAUCAUAACAAAAUUUGUUAUUGGUCUGAUAUUGAUUGAAAGCAAAAACAACUUGGGAAUAACAUUUUCACUUAAAAUGUUAUUAGUCUGUUAUUACAAUAACAAUCCAAUAACAAAAAAAUCAUAACGGCGAAUAACAAAUCUUGUUAUAAAUAACACAAAAUGUUAUUGGCCUAGUAUUUUCAAAUAUCAACAAAUGUUAUUCCCACGUUAUUUCCGUCUGCUCGGGUAUUCCAACUCUGUCCGUCGACCACAGUCACAAAUAAAUAUGCUCAGAGAGAAGAGAAUCUAACAAAAUACCAGCGCGGCGCUCUUUUGGCCUGCACUACCACAGUUUGCCUUCAAUUUUAUUUUGGCAUGGUGAAAAUUGCUGUCAAAUGUUUCAACUAUUUAAUCAAUGAUCAAAACAAAGCCGAUCGCAAACUACUUUGAGCAAGCUUUGAGCCACCCGAUUGGAGUGGGAGGGAGAGCAAAAAAGAGAGUUUUCAGUAGCGAUUGGUGUGGAUGUGACAAACUGUAGGAAUUCAUGAGCACAAUUUUGCGUCGCGUUCGAUUGGUGCUCGCGACUUCUUGAGCAAUCAGGACCCUUGCUUUUAAUCAAGUCUAAUGACAUUUUCAGCACAACUAGUAAGGGAACAGCAUCUAAUUGUUGCCAUUUCAGCACUUGGACAGCUGGCUACAGCUGAUAAAUAGCACAAUAGGAAGUGAGCAAACAAGUUUCUAUUAUCAGUUUCACAAAAUACGUUGUUUAAAAAGCGAAAAUUAGCAAAUUGGAUGGACUUGGGUGAACAUUUAAUAAAAUUUGUUUACGAGCGAACGGCUGAGGCUUGAAAAAUCGUCCAAUGCUAUACAGUCAUGCCCCGGUUUUAACUCGUUCAGCUGCCUCGGAUAAGUACGCCCCAGUGCUUAACUGAAGCACAGAACUUAUGGGACUCACAAAAAUACGUAUUUUUGAAAAAUCAUUCAAAAUUUAAUUUUUUCACGAUAUGGGUAUUAAAUGAUCGGAUUUUUUUCAUACAUUUCGAAUGUAAUAACAACAUUUU